AAAGGUUUUCAUUUGAUAUGUCAUAUCAGGAUGUUGCUCCUGAAGCCAUCAUCUUGCAACUAAAUGUAUCUUUACAAAAUUUGAUACGGUUUAGUAUGGAUUUGGUGGUUAAAUAUGGAAGACUAAAAUUCAGCCUGUCUUGUGGCUCAUACAACAAGUACUGAUACAUGAAGUGAUGAGAACUAUGACUAUGAUUGAGAGAUGGGGAUGGUAGCAACUGAAGACUUUGCUAAAAUAUGCUCAUCUUUUUCAGUGCCCAUAUAUAGUUAUAGCAGGAGAGAGCACAAAUUAUAUUGUUGAAUUAUCUUUUGUUAAUGUGAGUCAGGUACUUUUAACUUGAUGCAAUUCUGGGACAUUAUCUGAGUUAUAAUUUUUGCUUUUUACAUGUUUUCACAUUUUAUGGUAUCAGUCUGGUCCUUCAUUCUUUUCGAUGCUCGAGUCCCACAACAAUUGUAACUCUGGCAGGGAUAAUCACAGCUUGAAUAUUGUUAUCUGAGGUUUCCCUGUUUGGUUACGUGACAUUCCUGGCAUUGUAUUUCGAACAAAAAAUAAACCAUUUGAGGAUGAGAUGCAGAAAUUUGUCAAGAAGAUUGUUGAUAUGAUGAAACAGGAAAAUCUUUUCUCAUGGCAAGGUGGUCCAAUCAUCUUAUUGCAGAUUGAGAAUGAAUAUGGAAAUAUUGAAGGGCAGUAUGGUCAAGGUGGCAAAGAGUAUGUUAAAUGGGCUGCUGACAUGGCACUUACCCUUGAUGCUGGCGUACCAUGGGUUAUGUGCAGGCAAAGUGAUGCUCCUGAAACUAUUAUCGAUUCCUGCAAUGCAUUUUAUUGCGAUGGUUUUAGGCCAAAUUCUUACAGGAAGCCAGCUCUUUGGACUGAGGACUGGAAUGGAUGGUAUGCUUCUUGGGGUGGAAGGGUGCCUCGUAGACCUGUUGAAGACAAUGCUUUUGCUGUUGCUCGUUUUUUCCAAAGGGGGGGAAGCUUUCACAACUAUUACAUGUUUUUUGGUGGAACAAAUUUUGGUCGGACAGCUGGUGGUCCCUUACAAACAACUAGUUAUGAUUAUGAUGCUCCGGUUGACGAAUAUGGCCUUUUGGCUCAGCCUAAGUGGGGACAUCUGAAGGAUUUGCAUGCAGCUAUUAAGCUUUGUGAACCAGCUCUUGUUGCCGUUGAUGAUGCACCACAAUAUGUAAAAUUGGGUUCAAUGCAAGAAGCACAUAUAUAUUCCAGUGGUUUUGUAGACACAAGAAACAGUCUUCCACAGAAUGUGAGCAUUUGCUCAGCAUUUCUUGCAAAUAUCGAUGAAAGAAAAACAGUUACUGUGCAAAUUUUUGGUGGAUCUUAUUCUCUGCCACCCUGGUCUGUAAGCAUUUUGCCAGAUUGCAAACAUGUGGUUUUUAACACUGCAAAGGUAGCUACUCAAACUUCAAUCAAAACAGUUGAAUCUGCUUCUCCUAGCUUUUCAAACACAACUGGAACUGGGGAUAUAAUUCUUUAUGACAAAGAUACUUAUAUUUCGAAGACAUGGAUGACUUUUCAUGAGCCAAUUGGUGCAUGGGGCGAUAACAGCUUCACCUAUCAAGGCAUAUUAGAGCAUUUAAAUGUUACAAAGGACAUCUCUGAUUAUUUGUGGUACUCUACAAGAAUAAAUAUAACUGAUGAAGAUAUUACAUUUUGGGAGGAAAAGGGCAUUUAUCCGUUGCUUACGAUUGACAAAGCACGUGACGUGGCUCGAAUUUUUGUGAAUGGUCAUCUUUCAGCCAGUCAAGUUGGUAAAUGGGUUCCAGUGAAAGAGCCAAUUCAUCUGGUUCAGGGAUCCAAUGAUUUAGUUUUGUUGUCAGAGACCGUUGGCUUGCAGAAUUAUGGUGCUUUCCUUGAGAAAGAUGGGGCAGGGUUUAGAGGGCAAAUAAAAGUGAGUGGCUUGAAAAAUGGAGAUAUUGACCUUUCUGAUACCCUGUGGACAUAUCAGGUAGGACUGAAGGGAGAGCUUGCAAAACUAUAUACUCCUGAGAAUCAAGAGAGUGCAGAUUGGAUCGACGUGCAACCAGAUUCAAUUCCAUCAUCCUUUACAUGGUACAAGACAACAUUUGAUGCCCCUGAGGGUGACGAUCCCAUUGCCCUCGACUUAGGGAGCAUGGGAAAAGGCCAAGCUUGGGUCAAUGGUCAUGGAAUUGGACGAUAUUGGACACUAGUAGCUCCAAAAAAUGGAUGUCGUGAUUAUUGUGACUAUCGUGGAGCAUACCAUGAAAACAAGUGCACAACCAACUGCGGCCUGCCCACUCAAAGUUGGUACCAUGUUCCAAGAGAAUGGUUGCAGGCUUCAAACAAUCUACUAGUGAUAUUUGAGGAAACAAGUGGAAACCCCUGGAAGAUCUCUCUCAGGGUGCACUCCACCUUAACAAUCUGCGCAAGAGUGUGGGAAACUGACUAUCCACCUCUUUCAACCUGGUCACAUCCAGAUUUUGUGUACCGCAAGAAUUUGAUCGAUGAGGUCGCACCAGAGAUGCACUUACGCUGCGACGAAGGGCACGUCAUCUCCGCCAUCACAUUUGCGAGCUAUGGAACACCAAGCGGUAGCUGCCGGAAGUUUUCCCGAGGAAAAUGUCAUGCAGCAAGUUCCCUCUCUGUGGUGACAGAGGCAUGUCAGGGUAGAAAUAAUUGUACAAUCACUGUUUCAAAUCGGACUUUUGGUGAUCCAUGUCGACGCACUACCAAGGCUUUAGCAGUUGAAGCAACAUGCACAUCCAUCACUGGGUACCAAAACGUGUCGUAGAUCUCAAGAAUCAAACUACUCUUAUUGUUGAAGAUCUUCAUGUUCUGGUCAUUGUUAUAUCUAAAGUGUAAGCAUGAAAAUAUGUCUACUAGAAAUCAUGGAAAUAAAUUUUUUAUUGUAUA